CGCGUGUCCUAUCCUGCGUUCCGUACUGACUGCCUCUGUCAUCACUGCCUAGAGAUGCCUCGACAUUAAAUUUUCCUACUUUUGGAAAAUAACGAUGGCCUUUAAAGGGGGAUCGCGGGGGUUUUAUUUUAACACUGUGCUGUCUUUAGCCCGGUCCUUGGCUGCUCAUCGCCCGGCUCCGAUUGAUAAGGUCCAGAAGCUACAAUGCAUGUGUCCAGUGGAUUUCCGUGGCGUUUUCCAGCUGGACGAGAGGAGAAGAGAUGCCGUGAUAGCACUCGGUAUCUUCCUAGUGGAGUCUGAGCUGCAGCACAAAGAUACUAUCGUCCCGUACCUCCUGGGUUUGCUGAAAGGACUGCCGAGAGUGCAAUGGAUUGAAGAAAGCUCUGAGAGGAAGGGAAGAGAAACUCUCCCCGUAGCUGAGAACUUCUGCUUUUGCUUGGUCACUAUGCUCUCUGACGUCGCUCAGAGGGAUGAGACUUUACGAAUCCAGAUUUUGGAGGUUGUGAUGGACCUCAUGCAGGUCCUCCUUGAAAUAUGUCGCAACCCCGAGGAUCAAGACAAAGAAUACCUGUGUCGAUACACUCUGCCAUGUUUGCUGGGUGUGGUGCGAGCAUCUGGGCGCUACAGCAACACAGAUGAACCGCUGCUGUCCAAGCUGUUCCCGCGGACGACGGCGCAGCCGGUGACUGCCUCGGAGGAGCCGGAGUCAGUGAGGCGGCGCUCCUUCAACGACUUCCGCUCCAUCUUACCCAGCUCGCUGCUCACAGUGUGCCAGAGCGACACGCUGCGCCGCAAAACCAGCAGCGUCUCCAGCAUCUCCCAGCAGGCAAGUCCAGAACGUACAGGAUUGCCUCCAAGCUCUCCUGCUGACCCUUCUGCUCCUUACUUCGAAGCAGGAUCAUACCUGCCUGAUGGCAGUGCUGUAGACCCGGACUACUACUUUUCCACCAUCAGCUCCAGUUUCUCUGUGUCUCCGCUCUUCACUGGCAGCAGCACUAGAGGCUUCGACGUGCCUUUGGACAUGCUGAGGCGUCUCCUUCAGAUGAUUGAACAGUUUGUCGCUGAGACAUUUUUAAAGAAGCUGGAUCAAAUCAUGGUCGAUGUUUUGGAGAGCAAUCCUGGUCAUCACCUCUUCUACAAAACCUUCAGUGACCCUCUGUAUGUGGCGAUAUUUAAAAUGUUGAGGGACACGCUAUACUAUAUGAAAGACCUGCAGACGUCCUUCGUGAAGGAGGUGCACGACUUUGUGCUGGAGCAGUUCAGCAGCAGCCAGUCAGAGCUACAGCGCAUCCUGCAUGAGGUGGAGUCCCUGCACAGCGAGCUGAGCCCGCUGAAGUUACGAUGCCAAGCCAACGCUGCUUGCGUGGACCUCAUGGUGUGGGCGGUUACCGAGGAACAGGGUGCUGAGAAUCUUUGCACCAAGCUAUCGGAGAAGCUGCAGUCUAAGACGUCCAGUAAGGUCAUCAUCGCACACAUGCCACUGCUCAUCUGCUGCCUGCAGGGUCUUGGGAGGCUGUGUGAGCGCUUCCCAGUGGUGGCUCACUCCGUCACCAUGUCUCUGAGAGACUUCCUGGUGGUGCCGUCGCCUGUUCUGGUCAAGCUCUACAAAUACCACAGCCAGUAUUCCAGUGGAACCGGUGAGAUUAAGAUCCACGUGACCAACGAGCAUUCCCAGUCCACCUUCAGUGCCCACGCCAGUAAGAAAAGCCAGCCAUCCAUGUAUGAGCAGCUCCGAGACAUCUCCAUAGACAACAUCUGCAGGUGCCUGAAAGCAGGACUGACCAUGGACUCUGUCAUUGUGGAGGCGUUUCUUGCCAGCCUGUCCAACCGUCUUUACAUCUCACAGGAAAACGACAAGGAUGCUCACCUUAUUCCGGAUCAUACCAUUCGGGCAUUGGGGCACAUCGCGGUGGCCUUGAGGGACACGCCACGUGUAAUGGAACCCAUCCUCCAGAUCCUGCAGCAGAAGUUCUGUCAGCCGCCGUCCCAGCUCGAUGUGCUGAUCAUUGACCAGCUGGGCUGCAUGGUCAUCACCGGCAAUCAAUACAUAUACCAGGAGGUCUGGAACUUGUUUCAGCAAAUAAGUGUGAAAGCCAGCUCGAUGGUGUAUUCCACCAAAGACUACAAAGAUCAUGGAUACAGGCAUUGUUCCCUGGCCGUGAUUAAUGCUCUGGCUAACAUCGCGGCUAACCUGCAGGCUGAGCAGAAGGUGGAUGAGUUACUUGUAAACCUGCUGGAGCUGUUCGUUCAGCUGGGCCUGGAGGGCAAGCGUGCCAGUGAGAGAGCCAGUGAGAAAGGCCCAGCACUUAAGGCUUCAAGCAGUGCUGGUAACUUAGGAGUGCUCAUUCCCGUCAUCGCAGUGCUGACCAGACGUUUACCACCGAUAAAGGAGGCUAAGCCCAGGCUGCAGAAGCUUUUCAGAGACUUUUGGCUCUAUUCAGUCGUCAUGGGCUUCGCAGUGGAGGGCUCAGGUUUAUGGCCAGAGGAAUGGUACGAGGGUGUGUGUGAAAUUGCCACUAAAUCACCUUUGCUGACAUUUCCUAGUGGAGAGCCUCUGCGCUCAGAGCUGCAGUAUAACUCGGCUCUGAAGAAUGACACAGUCACUCCAGCUGAGUUGAACGAUUUGCGAAGCACCAUCAUUAACUUACUGGAUCCUCCACCUGAAGUAGCAGCCCUUAUCAAUAAGCUGGACUUCGCCAUGUCUACCUACCUGCUUUCAGUCUACCGGCUGGAAUAUAUGAGAAUGCUGCGCUCUCUGGAUUCAGACCGUUUCCAGGUCAUGUUUCGUUAUUUUGAAGAUCGAGCCAUCCAAAAAGACAAGUCGGGGAUGAUGCAGUGUGUGAUUGCGGUUGGUGACAAGGUCUUUGAUGUCUUCCUUCAAAUGAUGGCAGACAAGCCCAAGACGAAGGCUCAUGAAGAGGAGCUGGAGCGGCACGCUCAGUUCCUGCUGGUCAACUUUAAUCACAUCCACAAACGGAUAAGGCGCGUGGCCGACAAAUACCUCUCAGGCCUGGCAGAAACCUUCCCUCACCUGUUGUGGAGCGGCCGAGUAUUGAAAACAAUGCUGGACAUUUUGCAGACGCUCUCCCUUUCGCUCAGCGCUGACAUCCACAAAGAUCAGCCAUAUUACGACAUCCCAGAUACUCCUUAUCGCAUCACUGUUCCUGAUACUUACGAAGCCAGAGAGAGUAUUGUGAAAGACUUUGCUGCACGCUGUGGUGAGAUUCUGAAGGAAGCCAUGAAGUGGGCACCAUCCGUCACUAAAUCUCAUCUACAGGAGUACCUGAACAAGCACCAGAACUGGGUUUCAGGUCUGUCUCAGCACACAGGCCUUGCUAUGGCUACGGAGAGCAUCCUGCACUUUGCAGGCUACAACCGACAGAGCACAGCUUUGGGGACCAAUCAGCUCACAGAGAGGCCAGCAUGUGUUAAGAAAGAUUACUCCAACUUCAUGGCCUCGCUGAAUCUGAGGAAUCGCUAUGCAGGAGAGGUGGCAGGGAUGAUCCACUUUUUAGAGGCGACACGCACCACCUCAGACCUGAAUAAGAUGAUGAUCCGGCAGCUGAAUGAAGCUCUGGAAAGGCAGCAGCCGGAAGAAUUUACUGAGGCUAUGUUCAAAAUGGCAGCGCUUCUUAUCACCUCCAAAGACUGCGACCCGCAGCUCCUGCAUCACCUGUGCUGGUCCCCACUGAAGAUGUUUACUGAGAAUGGCAUGGAGACGGCUAUAGCCUGCUGGGAAUGGCUUCUAGCGGCUAGGACUGGCGUGGAGGUCCCGUUUAUGCGUGAGAUGGCAGGUGCCUGGCAGAUGACGGUGGAGCAGAAGGUGGGGCUGUUCUCUGAGGCAGCAGUGGAAGCUGAUCCUCUGGCGGCGUCUGAGGAGAGCCAGCCCAAGCCCUGUGCCCCCAACGUCAUCCCCCAUUACAUCUGGAUCGAGUUUCUUGUCCAGCGCUUUGAAAUCGCAAAGUACUGCAGUGCAGACCAGGUGGAGAUUUUUGGCAGCUUGCUGCAGAGGUCGCUGUCUCUCACCGUGGGAGGCCCGAAAAGCAGCCUGAACCGGCAUGUGGCAGCUAUCGGACCUCGCUUCAGGUUGCUGACGCUUGGUCUUUCACUGCUUCAUUCUGAUGUGGUUAGCAACGCCACCAUCCGCAACGUGCUUAGAGAGAAGAUCUACUCCACUGCCUUUGACUACUUCAGUGUGGCAUCCAAAUUCCCCACUCAGGGGGACAAGCGUCUGCGGGAGGACAUCAGUGUCAUGAUCAAGUUCUAUGCCAGCAUCCUUUCGGACAAGAAGUACCUUGCUGCUAGCCAGCUCGUGCCACCUGGUGAGCCUGGCGCCAAUCCCCCUCAAAGCUCGCUAUCCGCCGGGAUUUUCGGAUCGCUAAUCGUUUCCAGCACUUCUCCGAUAUCGAUCUUAAACAAUCAGGACCCGUCGCUGAACAGCCUGUCUGUGAUGACUGCUGCCGACCCCAGGAACACCAUGGACAUGUCAGUGGGGACGCGCCAACAGAGUGCCCAGGGCUGGAUCAACACCUACCCACUGUCCAGCGGAAUGUCCACCACUUCCAAGAAAUCGGGAAUAUCAAAGAAGAGUAACAGAGGCACUCAGCUGCACAAGUACUACAUGAAGCGCAGAACACUACUACUGGCUUUACUGGCAAGUGAGAUUGAGCGUCUGACCACGUGGUACAACCCACUGUCUGCCCAGGAGCUGGCCAUCUUUACAGAACAGUCUGUAGAGACCAGCAUUGCUAAUUGGAGGUCCAAGUACAUCAGUCUGAGUGAGAAACAGUGGAAAGACAACGUCAACCUGGCCUGGAGUAUCUCUCCCUACCUUGCCUUGCAUCUCCCAGCCAGGUUCAAAAACACAGAAGCCAUUGUAGCUGAAGUGACCCGGCUGGUUCGGCUGGACCCUGGCGCAGUCAGCGAUGUCCCGGAGGCAGUCAAGUUCCUGGUGACAUGGCACACUAUUGACGCUGACUCACCUGAAUUGAGCCACAUCCUGUGUUGGGCCCCUGCUGACCCCCCGACUGGCCUGUCCUAUUUCUCCAGCAUGUACCCUCCUCACCCCCUUACCGCCCAGUACGGAGUCAAAGUGUUGCGAUCUUUCCCUCCGGAUGCGAUUCUGUUCUACAUUCCACAAAUUGUGCAAGCACUCCGGUAUGACAAGAUGGGGUACGUGCGCGAAUACAUACUGUGGUCUGCACAGAAAUCCCAGCUGCUUGCACAUCAGUUCAUCUGGAACAUGAAGACCAACAUCUACCUGGAUGAGGAGGGUCACCAGAAAGACCCGGACAUUGGUGAGCUGCUGGAACAGAUGAUGGAGGAGAUCAUAAGCUCUCUGUCUGGCCCGGCUAAAGACUUCUACCAGCGCGAGUUUGACUUCUUCAACAAGAUCACCAAUGUCUCUGCCAUUAUUAAGCCGGUUCCUAAAGGCGAGGAGAGGAAAAGAGCUUGCCUCAAAGCCUUGUCUGAUAUCAAAGUUCAGCCAGGCUGCUACUUACCAAGCAAUCCUGAAGCCAUUGUUCUAGAUAUUGACUACGAGUCAGGAACUCCGAUGCAGAGUGCUGCCAAAGCUCCUUAUCUGGCAAAGUUCAAAGUCAAGCGAUGUGGAGUGAGUGAGCUUGAGAAAGAAGGUCUGCGAUGCCUCAGCGAUUCUGUAGAAGACGGCGGAGAAAACUCUGAAGCCGCCCAGAAGGUCUGCUGGCAAGCAGCCAUCUUUAAAGUAGGAGACGACUGCAGACAGGACAUGUUGGCGCUGCAGAUCAUUGGGCUCUUUAAGAACAUAUUCGCGCUGGUGGGGCUUGACCUGUUUGUAUUCCCAUACAGGGUUGUUGCUACGGCUCCUGGAUGCGGUGUAAUUGAGUGUAUCCCGGACUGUAAGUCUCGUGAUCAGCUGGGCAGGCAGACCGACUUCGGCAUGUACGACUACUUUAGAAACAAGUACGGUGACGAGUCCACUCUGGCUUUCCAGAAGGCGCGGUAUAAUUUCAUCCGUAGCAUGGCUGCCUACAGCCUGCUCCUCUUCCUGCUGCAGAUCAAAGACCGGCACAACGGCAACAUCAUGCUGGACAGCAAAGGCCACUUGAUUCACAUCGAUUUUGGCUUUAUGUUCGAGAGCUCUCCGGGUGGGAACCUGGGCUGGGAGCCAGACAUCAAGCUGACCGAUGAGAUGGUGAUGAUCAUGGGGGGCAAAAUGGAGGCCACUCCAUUUAAGUGGUUCAUGGAGAUGUGUGUGCGUGGAUAUCUUGCUGUAAGGCCGUAUAUGGAUGCUGUGGUGUCAUUGGUGACCUUGAUGCUGGAUACUGGCCUUCCAUGCUUCAGAGGACAGACCAUAAAACUGCUCAAGCAAAGGUUCAACCCCAACAUGAGUGAAAAGGAGGCUGCGGCAUUUAUGAUUAAAGUCAUCGAGCGUUGCUUCCUCAGCAGCAGGAGCAAAACCUAUGACAUGCUACAGUAUUACCAAAACCAGAUCCCAUACUGAUGGCACUAUACUUCAUCCUCCUUCACUCCAUAAUUAUCUACGCCUCUUAGCUGUCCCCCUUCCUCUGACAUCAGUGGCCAUAUCUGACCAAAUGUCCAUAUAUAAGGACAAGCACUUUACAUAAUUCUUAGCCCCCCAACACAGAGAGAAGGUAAUGGCAGAGUGGAAAUUGUAGGUCAUUUGUUUCCUGCAGAGCUGCUGCAGAGCCUCUGUAGUCAUCUGCUGUACAAAAUGCUGUAUGUUCAAUGAGUCUGUUUUUAUCUCCCUUUAAGAUUUACACUGUAAUGGACUCAAACCCCUUACGUUAACAUUUCACUUUGAAUGUUUACAGCAUUCUAAUCUGCAAGACUGGGUAUGGUUUGUUUACUACCAGAGAAGCCAUCUUUGUCACCUUGACCCACAUAGUACUGUAAUUGCUUGUGUGCUCCUGCAGCAAUCUGCUAUUGCGCAAUAUGUCUACCUGUACCGUGUCAUGUUUUAAUAGGCUGUGCACUGGAUGUUUAAUUAUUAUUCCGAUCAAACCAUUGGUGUUAUCUUAAAGACAUGCAUAUAAUUGGAGUACUUUUGCAUGUACUUGAAUAGACUUUUUUGGUAAUGCUUUCGCUUGCUAAAAGGAUCUUAAUGUCUCAGAUUUCACACUUCAGCUCUUAUGCUUGUGGCAAUCUGUAAAGAAUUGGCUUCACUUUAUUUUAACUUUAUUUCAAAGAAUUUAUUCACUGUGCUGUCUGGUGGAAUCAUUAAUCUGUUAAAUGAUUUUGUUUUAAUAGACAUUAUCCAGAGAACUAUUGUAGUAUAUGGAAUGUGAAGGUGAACCUUAUUUUGUGUGUGUGUAAAUAAAGUCUGAGAUACAUGUGUGAGAUUAUGAUCAAUGGCUGAAUGAUGACGCAGAACUUUAUAUUAUUGUAAGCCUUAAUGUUCCCAUUAGUGCAUUAAUAGAUUAUCACCUUCUGUAUCUAUCAAGUCAAGCUUUGUUCCUUUGGUGUGUUUUUAUUUAUACAGCUGUGCAAUAAGCCCCAUUUUACUGGUGUCUUGUUAGAUGCUGGUUGGAAAAGUGGAGCUGUGAUGGUGAGCUCUUUUGUGGUGAGCUCAAUAGACUAGUGCUCUACAGUCAAAAUGCUAGUUGGCUUUACACAGACUGCAUGGAUGUGGAAAACAGGGAUUUGCUGAUUGCAUUUCCAGUACCCCUGAUGUAGAAUGAUGGUGUGUUUCAGUUGAAGUUUAAUAUGCUCCUAUGUCAAAUAAUACAAACUGUUUAAAAAAAAAGUGUGCAUGUGUUGUUUUUUAACG